AUGACUUGCACCAUGGAGAUGCUCCUGAUGUCGACUGACUCGGCUGUUCGGAUUGAUGGCAGCGCGCCCACCCCAGACAUCAUACGUGAGCUCGUGAUCUAUGGUUCGAGCAUGUUCUCCGGCAACAGGCCCUCCCUGCGAGACGUCAAGGAGGAGGAGGCUGCAGGGGACGGUCCACCAAUGACUUCGCAGCCGAGUUACUCCCCGACAGGCUGGGUGUGGACAGAGUACAACUCUGAGUCCUAG